GGACCAACCCGCCACCACCCACCUUCAGAAAUCCUGUAUGUACCUUCACAUUCAUCAAAGGCUACUACUGACCAAAGCAGAUCAACAAUCCGCACUCCCCAACACUGCCUCUUCCUUCCUCCUCCUUCCGUUUCCCUGAAGAAGGAGGAGGAGGAAGAAGAAGAAGAUAAAAAAAAGAAAGAAAGAAAGAAAAGCCAACCUACCUCGCCUCCCAACUCCCUUUCAUGGCGACCAAUCUCGCCUCUAUCCAUCUUGUUUUUACAAACAUACCGCCCACCCAGUCCUCCCAUUCUUCUCCCUCUGCAUUCUUCACCCCUCUCCGCUCCUCCCCUCGCAGACCCCAAUGCGUCCUUAGAUCAAGUCGAUGCACCAAAUUCGCCGUAGCCUUCGCGGGAGGCGGUGGGGGCACUGUCUCUGGUGGUGGUGGAUAUGGUGGUCAGGGGGGUGGCGGUGAAGGCGGCCAUGGUGGUAGUGGUGGUGGCGAUGGUGCGAACGAGAAAAACAGGGAGGAGGCUCUGCUGGCGUUAGGAACGCUGGGAAGAUCUCUCGAGAGCCUUCCCUCCGAUUUGGCAGCGGCGAUCCAGGAGGGGAGGAUCCCCGGCGAGAUCGUCUACCGGUUUUCCGAGCUCGAGCGCUCGGCGGUAUUGCGGUGGCUGCUCCAGUUCGGCGGCUUCAAGGAAAGGCUUUUGGCCGACGAUCUCUUCCUUGCGAAGGUUGCCAUGGAAUGCGGCGUCGGAAUCUUCACUAAGACUGCUGCAGAGUAUGAACGUCGCAGGGAAAAGUUUGUCAAGGAGCUUGAUUUUGUCUUAGCAGAUGUGGUAAUGGCAAUUAUCGCAGAUUUUAUGCUUGUCUGGCUACCAGCACCAACUGUUUCUCUGAAGCCACCUCUAGCACUUAGUGCUGGGCCUAUUGCAAAGUUUUUCCAUACCUGCCCUGAUAAUGCUUUUCAGGUUGCUUUGGCUGGAACAUCAUACUCAUUCUUGCAGAGAGUGGGAGCAAUAUUGCGUAAUGGCUUAAAACUUUUUGCUGUCGGGACAAGUGCAUCCUUGAUCGGAACAGGUGUUACAAAUGGUUUAAUCAAUGCCAGGAAGGCAUUUGACAAAAAUUUUGCUGGUGAAGCAGAGGAUGUACCAAUAAUAUCAACUAGCGUAGCCUAUGGUGUCUAUAUGGCAGUUUCUAGCAAUUUGCGGUACCAGAUAUUGGCUGGUGUUAUUGAGCAGCGGAUUUUGGAACCUUUGCUUCACGAACAGAAGCUUAUCCUGAGUGCAUUAUGUUUUGCUGUUCGAACAGGAAACACAUUCCUGGGAUCAUUGAUGUGGGUAGAUUAUGCUCGGUGGAUUGGUAUUCAGAAAAUCAGAGAAUAGUGGCUUGCCUGAAUUUGAAGGCGAGUGAAGAUGAUAUCUUAUAGUAGGCUCACUGCUUCAGUUCUGAGCCCAGCCAUGUUUUUCACAAGGGCUAGUGUUAUAUUGCCCGGAAGAUUUUCCAGCGUGCAGAGAAGAUGCAUGUAUUGCACAUGCUCUGGUGCUUUCACCUCUAAUUCCACAGUCAAUAAAGGGACUCAUUGGAGUUUGCAUUCUUUUUUUUUUAUAUAUAUAAACAUUGCUUAGGACUUGUUCGUUGUGCAACACAUUUCUUUCAAAAUUGAGCUAAUGCUCUUGAUUA